GCUGGAGACGACGACGUGGAAGAUUGGCUUGACUCGUACGAUAGGGCCAGCCGCCAUAACAAGUGGGAUGACGCCACCAAGCUAACCAACGUCAUCUUUUAUCUGUCGGAAGUCGCCAACACGUGGUUCAAAAACCACGAGACUUGCAUGACAACAUGGCCGGAGUUCACCCAGAAAAUCAGGGAAGUCUUCGGCAGACCCGCGGUGCGUAAGCUCACAGCCGAGCGCAAGCUGGCCACGCGGGUACAACAACCCGAGGAAACGUUUACGGCCUACAUUGAAGACGUCUUGAAACUGACGAGACGCGUUGACUCCGACAUGCCCGAGAAGAAAAAAGUGCAUCACAUACUGAAAGGAAUCGGCGAAGAUGCAUUCCAGCUGCUGGCAACUCAAAACGCACUAACCGUAGAAAACCUCGUCGAGGCGUGCCAGAACUUCCAAGAAAUUAGGCAUCAACGACUUCACGUUCCAGCUAGGGUCGUACCGACUCCCAAAAUAGCGAGUCUCACCACACCUCACGAAGACACCAUCGGCACUCGCGAUAGCCUCCGGAACUUCAUUCGCGACACUGUUCGCGAGGAGGUAGCACGCGUCUUGGGGACCUUGAACGACACCCCACCAUCCCAGAUAGCGCAAGCCCCACUACCUGCGGCAAGCAUUCGGACUAUUAUCCAGGACGAGGUCGCAGCUGCGGUUGGAUGCGUUUCUUCCCUAAACGCACCACCUUUAAGACCAACGUAUGCCGAGAUAUUGAGUAGACCAGCUGUACACACACCUCUACCAUAUGCAGCUCCAACAUCGUUUCCUCAGGCCCCGAAAUCAGUGCAAUGGAGGGCUCCUGACGGACGUCCCGUCUGCUUCAGUUGUGGCAUGGUGGGCCACAUUGCAAGAUAUUGCCGACGCCGUCCCAUCACCUACGAUGCCCCGUAUCGUCCAUUUUCGACCCCCCAGCAUGAGUCCACCUAUAGGCCGCCCUCGCCCCGUGACGACUACCGUGACAGACCUCGUACAUCAGAGCGGUACCACUCGCCAUCGCCACGCCGUAGGUCUUCUUCACCAAUGCUCCCCCGCAAUGUCAGCCCCACCCCUAGGGGAAACUGA